ACUAUUUAAAAUGCUGCUGGUAUAACUAUAACAGUUUAGUUGGAUGCUGUGCUACAGUUUGGUUCACUGAGUUGUUUGUGGAUAUAUUUGCGCGUCUGUUUGAAGACAUGGACUUUUUUGACCACAUCAUUUUGGACGAUAACAGCUCAGACACCGGGUCUGGAGACUUUGAUAUCCACGACGGAUUUUGUGACAUCGCGGAGAGCGAUGAAUUUCAGAGAAUCUUCCUCCCCACUGUAUAUGGGAUUAUUUUUGUCCUGGGAAUUGUUGGCAACGGACUCGUGGUGCUCGUGAUGGGCUACCAGAAGAAGUCUAAGAACAUGACUGACAAAUACAGGCUGCACCUCUCCAUCGCUGAUCUGUUGUUUGUCUUAACUCUGCCCUUCUGGGCUGUGGAUGCAGUGAGAGGGUGGCAUUUUGGGGGAUUUCUCUGCGUUACAGUCAACGUGAUCUACACUCUGAAUCUGUACAGCAGCGUGCUUAUCCUGGCCUUCAUCAGCAUGGAUAGGUAUCUUGCCGUUGUUCGUGCCACCAACAGCCAGGCGGUUAGGAAGCUGCUGUCAGAGAGAGUGAUCUAUCUUGGAGUUUGGCUACCUGCGACCCUGCUCACUGUGCCUGAUCUUGUGUUCGCCACAGUACGAACCACUGGCGAGGAUACGAUCUGCGAGCUCUCCUACCCGCAGCAGUCAAACGUAGCGUGGAAGGCCGCUUUCCGUUUCCAGCACAUCAUUGUUGGCUUUUUGUUACCGGGCCUGAUCAUCAUGACCUGCUACUGUAUCAUCAUCUCCAAACUGUCAAAAAACUCAAAGGGUAAAACUCUGAAGAAGAAAGCAUUAAAAACAACCAUCAUCCUGAUCCUUUGCUUCUUCACAUGCUGGUUGCCCUACUGUGCCGGCAUCCUGGUGGACACUCUGAUCAUGCUGAACGUCAUAUCUCCCAGCUGUUUCCUGGACCAGAGUCUUGAGAAGUGGAUCUUCUUCACUGAGGCGCUUGCUUACUUCCACUGCUGUCUCAAUCCCAUCCUCUAUGCUUUCUUGGGAGUUAAAUUCAGUAAAUCUGCCCGUAACGCUCUGAGCAUCAGCAGUAGAUCAGGUCACAAGAUGUUGACCAAGAAAAGAGGACAGAUCUCUUCUAUAUCGACUGAAUCAGAGUCAUCGAGUGUACUCUCUAGUUAAUGGACACUUUGUAUAUAAAACUUUUUUACGUUGAUAAAUAAGCUUAAAAGACUUUACUACACUUUGUACAUUAGUGAACAAUCUGUUGCUGAUAAUUGUGAAGACAUUUUUUUUCAUUUACUUAAGUUAAUCUUUUUAAAUUCUAGUAGUACUUAACUUAGUACUUUUAAAUAUCUAUUACCGGACCAAAAGGCAGAGCCUUGAAAAAGUCUGUAUCCUUGCCUACCAGAGUUUUUUUAUUGGCAAACGUUUGCAUUAGUAUUUUGCUUUAAAAUGUGUACUGUAAAUUAUUUGUACAUAGUUCCUUGUUUGCUGUUGUGUGUCUGUGUGCACUUAGCUUUUGCUGUUCUCUGAGAAGCUUUUUGAUAUUUAUUAAAAUUGUAGCUUACACUGUAAUUUUUUUUUAAAUGUUUGUAAUUUAAGCAUGUCAGGGUUGUUGCUUUUUUACUUGUUUCAUAAUUAAAUUUUUAAAUUUCCACUUUUAAUAAUGUCUGACAUAGUGUCAUCUUACCACUCUCCAGUGACUGUACACACACACACACACACCACCCCCACUCCCUUUUAGGGGGAAGGGCAGGGCAGAAGUGGAGUGAAGGUCUGUCAAGUUACCAAAACAAAAGCUCCACCUGAUCUCCCACUGAACAGUAUGGCUGAGGAAAGGGUCUGUAAUUUUAAGAACAUCUGUGUUCUUAAGCAUCUUAAGGAACAUCUGAUACAAGACACCAAUCAGCAUACAAAGGAGCAGAAUUGGCCACCCCUUGGGAGUUCAGUUGUUGUAUCCGAUAACAAGCAGAAGGAGUUAACAAGAUGUAAAUAUUAAAAGCAUAAAAAUAUAGUGCCACAUUUAGUCGUAUUUACAGAUAUCAAAUAAAUUAUAAUUUUAUUGGGUGGAUCUAAAAAAGCCUGUUAGGAGAAUGUCCCAGAAAUAUUUUACAUGAAAUAAAAAAAAAGUAAUGGACACUUAAGGAUGAUUAAUAUUUAUGGCACUGUGACAUUAUGAGGGCAAUUACUACAUUUUACCCCACAUUCUCAUUACCCUCAACUGCCUGACAUACUUCUGUUAUGUUCAUUAUUUUCUAUGAUUCUCAUUCUAGUAAAUAUACUGGUGCAUGAUGUUUUUCUAUCAUUCCUUCGUAUUGCAAUAAAGAAAACUUGAGAAUGUGAA